AUGGCUGCCAGAAGUUUUUCUGAAGGUUCCAGCAGGAAGGUGGACUACAGAGUCAAUGAAGUUUUCCUUAAACAGAAGGUUCAGGAGCUGGAACAUGAAGUCUCUGAACUAAAGCAGAGACUUGAUGGGCUAAGAAAAGCAAAGAACACGACUGUAAUAAAACGGCAACGUGAGGUGCUGGAAACUGGCACAUCUUUUGGGAAAAGAGAGCCAAAAGGAAUCAGUGAGAUGGAAUUGAAGAGAAAAUUAUCAGAAAAAGACAAGGCUUGGCAGGAAGAGCUAGACACUGUGAGAAGAAAGUUUGAAGCACAGAUCAACCAAAUUAAGCCAAACACACUUCAGGAGCAAGCUUGUAAUCACCUGGCACAGUUAGAGUUUCUCAGACAACGGAACGAGGAGCUGGCGAAUGACAACAUUGCUACGACAACACAAAACAGGGAACUUCGAGAACGGGUGGACACCCUGUUGUCAGAGCUGAGUAUCAAGGAGGCUGGCUGGUGUGAGAUGGAGGAGAAAUUCAAACUUGAGCUGAAAACAUCAUGGGGAGAGAAAUACAAAAUAUGGAUGGAGCAGAUGGAAGCAAAGAUCACUGAACUUCAAAGAACAAACAUUCUGUUGCGCACAUAUUUGAAGAAUCACCGCCCAGAUGGACCAGACCCAACGGGACAGAAUCCAAACUUUGACAGUUUCUUAUCAAAAAAUGUUACCAUUAAUAUAUAA